GACACCCACCUUUUAAUGCUUUCCACACUUAUUACACCCGUUUCUGUUGUUGUUGUCUUCUAUUUCCUUCAUUGUUAAAGUCGAAAAAGGAGUACCAGAUCUUAAAACUCAAAGAGUAUCCAACUAGUGUCUUCCCCACAAUCCAACUCUUCCUCUUUUCAGAUUCUCCUUACAAAUCCUACUCGUCAGGGAUAAUGGAUCAACAAGAGCAUGGACAGUCAGGAGCCAUGAACUACGGCACAAACCCAUACCAAACCAAUCCCAUGACAACCACUGCAGCCGGGAGCGUGGGGCCAGCAGCACCACAAGGCCAGCUGGCCUUCCACCAGAUCCACCAACAGCAGCAGCAGCAACAGCUGACUCAGCAGCUUCAAGUCUUCUGGGAGAACCAAUUCAAAGAGAUUGAGAAAACAACCGAUUUCAAGAACCACAGCCUUCCCCUAGCGAGGAUCAAGAAAAUCAUGAAAGCCGACGAGGACGUCCGCAUGAUCUCUGCCGAGGCUCCCGUUGUGUUUGCAAGGGCCUGCGAGAUGUUCAUCUUGGAGCUGACGCUAAGGUCGUGGAACCACACGGAGGAGAACAAGAGGAGGACGCUUCAGAAGAAUGAUAUAGCAGCUGCUGUGACUAGAACCGAUAUUUUUGAUUUCCUUGUGGAUAUUGUUCCUAGGGAGGAUCUUAGGGAUGAGGUCUUGGGAAGAGGGACUGCUCCUGAGGCUGCUGCUGCUGGUUACCCGUAUGGAUACUUGCCUCCGGGAACUGGACCUAUAGGGAACCCGGGAAUGGUUAUGGGUAACCCCGGUGGUGCAUACCCACCUAACCCGUAUAUGGGUCAACCCAUGUGGCAGCAGCAACAGGGACCUGACCAAACUGACCCGGAAAAUUAGCUUUGCCAAAGAAACUAGUUCUAGUCUCAGUCCAAUUGGAAUGAAGAAAGGAGGAGACUUAGAGAAGAACAUAUCAUAAUUUCAAAAAAUCAGUGUUGUAGAAGAAACUUAAGUGUUUGUUUCUUAUGUUCUUCAUUCCAUCCUUUCUUGUAAGGAGAAAUUUAGGCCCGGACAAAAAAUCCGGAUCCGAAGAA